GCCGGGGCAGAGUCGCUGGGCUGCGCCCCAGCUGGUGGCUGCGUGCGCGGAUGUGCCCGCGUCCCCUGGGGAGAGGAGCGCGCGUGUCCCACCCUCCUGCCCCGUGGUGAGCCCGGCUGGUCCCCCGCGCCCAACAUGCUGAGCAGGGUGCCCGGUAUAAUAUUCUUGGAAGUACUUGAUAGUGUCUGUCACCAGUAUCAGAGCACCACAGUUCAAGUUUAGUCCUUUCUACGCACACUGCUCAGAACAUGGGGGAAAACGAUGAUGAAAAGCACAGCCACGGUGGCCAGAUAUUUGAAAACUUUGUACAAGCAUCAACAUGCAAAGGUACCAUUCAGGCCUUUAAUAUCCUCACCCGUCAACUUGAACUAGAUCCAUUGGACUACAGAAAUUUCUAUACUAAAUUGAAGUCAAAGGUAACCAGCUGGAAGGCCAAAGCUUUGUGGAACAAGCUUGAUAAAAGAGUAAGUCAUAAAGAAUAUAAGCGAGGAAGAUCUUGUAAGAACACUAAGUGUUUGAUUAUUGGAGGUGGUCCAUGUGGUUUGCGGACUGCCAUAGAACUUGCCUUUCUGGGAGCCAAGGUUGUAGUUGUGGAGAAACGGGACACUUUCUCAAGAAACAAUGUGCUGCAUCUCUGGCCUUUUACAAUCCAUGACCUCCGGGGUUUGGGGGCGAAAAAAUUUUAUGGAAAAUUCUGCGGAGGAUCUAUUGACCAUAUCAGUAUUCGACAGCUUCAGCUUAUCCUCUUCAAAGUUGCACUUAUGCUGGGAAUUGAAAUCCAUGUGAACGUAGAGUUUGCGAAAGUUCUGGAACCUCCUGAAGAUCAGGAAAACCAAAAGAUAGGUUGGCGGGCUGAAUUUCUCCCAAUGGAUCACCCUCUGUCAGCAUUUGAAUUUGAUGUUAUUAUUGGUGCAGAUGGUCGCAGGAACACUUUAGAAGGUUUUAGAAGGAAGGAGUUUCGUGGAAAGCUGGCUAUAGCUAUCACAGCCAACUUUAUCAACAGAAACACGACUGCAGAAGCCAAGGUAGAGGAAAUUAGUGGUGUUGCUUUCAUCUUCAAUCAAAAAUUCUUCCAGGACCUUAAAGAGGAAACGGGAAUUGACCUGGAGAAUAUUGUUUACUACAAAGAUAGCACUCACUAUUUUGUAAUGACCGCAAAAAAGCAGAGUCUUCUGGACAAAGGAGUGAUUAUCAAUGACUACAUUGAUACCGAGAUGCUUCUCUGUGGGGAAAACGUAAACCAGGACAAUCUGCUGUCUUAUGCAAGGGAAGCUGCAGACUUUGCAACCAAUUACCAGCUGCCUUCCUUGGAUUUUGCGAUUAAUCACUAUGGGCAGCCAGACGUGGCUAUGUUUGAUUUUACUUCCAUGUAUGCCUCUGAAAAUGCUGCACUAAUAAGAGAAAGGCACCGACAUCAGCUCUUAGUUGCCCUUGUUGGAGAUAGUUUACUUGAGCCCUUCUGGCCGAUGGGUACCGGCUGUGCAAGAGGCUUCCUAGCUGCUUUUGAUACAGCAUGGAUGGUGAAGAGCUGGGAUCAAGGAAAACCCCCACUAGAGAUCCUUGCUGAACGAGAGAGCAUUUAUCGACUAUUGCCCCAGACUACACCCGAAAAUAUCAACAAGAACUUUGACCAGUAUACCAUUGACCCAGGAACGCGCUAUCCCAACUUGAACUCCAGCUGUGUUCGACCUCAUCAGGUUAGACAUUUGUAUGUUACAAAUGAGCUACAACAAUGCCCUCUUGAAAGGGUCAGCUCUAUUAGAAGAUCAGUGAAUGUCUCAAGGCAUGAAUCCGAUAUUCGACCUAAUAAGCUUUUAACCUGGUGUCAGAAACAGACAGAAGGCUACAGGAAUGUUCAUGUCACUGAUCUCACUACUUCUUGGAGGAGUGGCCUUGCGCUGUGUGCAAUUAUGCACCGCUUCAGACCUGACCUCAUUGACUUUGACUCUUUGAAUGAAGAAGAUGUUGUUGAAAAUAACCAGCUGGUGUUUGACGUUGCUGAACGAGAGUUUGGAAUUCCUCCAGUCACCACUGGGAAAGAGAUGGCGUCUGCUGGAGAGCCUGAUAAACUCAGCAUGGUCAUGUACCUCUCAAAAUUCUAUGAGCUAUUUAGAGGAACCCCUCUGAGAGCAGUUGAUGCUGUGGAUAAGCAAAAUGGAGAAAAUAAUGACCUUGGCUCAGCAAAAUCAUCAAACUUCAUCUUUAAUAACUACAUCAAUUUAACGUUACCAAGGAAGCGAGUACCAAAAGUUGAAAGGAGAGAAGAAAAUGAUAUGAACAAAAGGCGUCGAAAGGGCCUCGGUGGCUUUGAAGAGGCUUCACGUUUUUCUAGUCGGGGUACGAAUUCUGGUAAAGAUCAGGGCGACAGAGAAGGAAUGAAUCAAAAUAAAGUAAAGUCAAUGGCAACGCAGCUGUUGGCAAAGUUUGAAGAAAAUGCCCCAAACACAUCUCUCCGGAGACAGGAGCUAGUAGAUAAACCAGCCCUGCUCUCUUCUUCUGAUCCUCCUGCUAAUCCUCGCUUUACUAAGCCUAAGGAGCCAAGUCCUUCACCUCCACCAAAGAGUCAGUUUCAGGCAGUAGCUAGGACUGAACAUGUGGUCAGAGAGCCAAAGCAAUCUUUGCAUGGUUCUGAUCGUGUGGCCAGGGGAUCAAGAAUUGUAGAAAAAACAGACAUACAGUCCAGGCUUUCAGAAACUCUUGCAUCUACCUGUCCUGCUGCAUUUGUGAUUUCUGGAGUGCUUAAACGCCUUCAGCACGUGGAGGAAAAAAUUAAUCAGAAGAAAGCUCAGUCCGUAGCAAAUAGGGAAUUUCAUAAAAAGAACAUUAAAGAGAAAGCAGCUCAUCUUGCCUCAAUGUUUGGAUACGUGGACUUACCAAAGAAUAAACUACCUAUUAAAGGUGUAUCCUAUUAUCAGCCCCCAACUCCCUCUUGCCUUCCAGCUCAUGAUUCAGCUGCUACUUCAUCUUCAUCAUCUAUUCACUCAACUUCCCCUGCUGUUCAAUCUAGCAAGAUGACUGUAGGGAAGGUGUCACGUGGAAUAGGGGUUGUGGCUGAAGUCCUUGUCAAUCUCUAUGUGAAUGACCACAAGCCCAAGCCACAGUUUUCCUCCCCAGAACUGAACCAGUCAUUGGACACAGCUACAUCUUUCCCCACUUCCUAUUCCACUUCUCCAACUUUUGCUUCUACUGUUCAGAGUUGUCAGGGAUCUCUGCGAAAAGAAUUUCCUCAGACUAUAGGUGGCAGUGACAUCUGUUAUUUCUGCAAGAAACGGGUAUAUGUCAUGGAGCGCCUGAGUGCAGAGGGCCACUUCUUUCAUAGGGAAUGCUUUAAGUGUGAUGUAUGUUCUACAACGCUCCGCCUAACAAUCUAUGCAUUUGAUGUAGAAGAAGGUAAAUUUUACUGCAAACCUCAUUUUACACAAUGUAAAACAAGCAAUAAGCACAGGAAAAGACGAUCUACAUUAAAAACGCAAGAUAAAGUGGAAACAGAAAUGUGGAUGCAAGAGGAACCCAAGCACCCAGAAACCACAGAAAGUACUACUUCUACUGUUAGCAGUCCAGAGGACAGGCCCCCAGACUACUACCUCAAUAUAGCAGAUGAACCUACCUCUCCUAAGAAGCCUAAGAAUGCCCCUGAGCACUAUGACUUUGAGAGCAGGUGUUCGGCCCUUUCCUCUGAUUGGACUUCUGUGAGAAUCAUCCCAGAGGAAGAAAUGACAGAGCACAACCUUCUGGCCAUUCGAGUCAUGGUAACCAGUGAUGGGAGCAGUUCAGAGCUGGAAUCUGAUUUUUAUGGUGACUCAUUGAAUUCUGAAAUUAGUGAAGGACAGAUCUCAUUGCCUGAGCAUGUGUCCCAUACAAACCCCAUAAGAAAGCAUGCAUUGCUGACCACCAGUUCUGUGAAGGAAGAAGAGUGCUGUGAAAAGUCCAAAGCUGCUGAUGCACUACAAAGAGCCAAUAGUUUCCACUCCUCUACACUGAAUAAAUACCAGAAUUGGAGAAGAAAAAUUCAAUCUAAUUUCCCUCUACUGUACAGCAAGAGAAUUGGGCUUCAUUCACAGGAGACCUCUACCAGAUCUCAGAGUGCUCUUGAAGAUUGUGUAUCCCAAUCACAGUUGACAUCUCACAGCAAACCACCAGAAAUUGCAAGAGGACUUUUCAAACCCUACAUCCCAGUGUUGCAAAGAAAGGCAAAAGCCAAAGAAACACCUGAAGAAAUCCACCAAUAUGUGCCCCAUCACCCACUUCAGAACAGUACUACUGGAUCUCCAUUGAUGCAUUCUGGAAAUGUUACUUCAGUGGCUAAUCUAUAUAAGCAUAGAGAUGAAAAUGGUAACAAUGAGGAAUAUAAUGUAGGUAACUUGAAUGAGAGUGAAGAAUGUACCACCAGAACAGGGGCCUUCAACAGAAAAAAUAUAGAUUUGUCCUCUCUAGACACAGAAAAAAAAGAAGAAAGAAAUCCAAGACAGCUGAAAGAACAGCCUGACCUAGAAAUAAAUGAAAUAAAAAAACAGAUAAGGAACAAAUUAAUGCUUGGUGCAGAGCAGCAAUCCAAAUUACUUGAUUUGAACAAUGCAGAUCUAGGUGGAACAAAACCAGAACAUCAAAGCCAAAGAAUGCUGGAAAUUUCAGAAUGGAAGGAUGUUGAUGGUAAUAGGGGAAAAAACAUAUUCAAGCAAUCCAGUCUUUCUGUGCCUCUUCCAUUUGCAAAUGAUGCUUUGCCAACUUUGUCAGCAGACACAAAAGAUAUUCCAAAGAGUCCAGACAGUUCUGUAGAAGAACAUCUGUCUAGCCAACCAAAAUCACCAUUGAAACUAAUUGCCAAUGCAAUAAAGAGAUCCAUUCUAGAACCUCUUGUGUCUCAUCCAGAAAGCAUAAAAAAGAACCCAGACAGUAAAGCCAACCCUACUUCAGAACACACCUUUUUCAAUUCCCCUAAUACCUUUGGCCACUCUGUACGUUUAAAGAACAGUAACGGUAAUAGAGAACAUGACGUACAACCACAAGAAUCUAAUGGACUGGAAACUAGAAGCUCAGUCACAAACCCACCUAGUCUUUCCUGUAGUCUUGAAGAGAAAUCUUCAUGUGAUUCCACAGAGGUAUUGCUUCCGGUUUACAGUUUGCACACAGGUCCUUCCAAAGCUGCUGUUAAGCCUGAAAAUUCAUCUGGUGCAAAGACGGAGGAUGUACCCAGACUCCUAGAAAACUUUACUCUCAAAGAAACUCCACUGAGGGCUUCCACUGAUGACUUAUGUAUCUGUAACCAGAAGAACCUUCCUUUUUCAUCUCUAAGUCUCAAGAACAAAACUUCCGAGGACAUCCUUGGAGAUCCUGCACAAAUAAAUAUCUGCUCGCUCUUUAGUAACUUGAGGAAUAAAGUCAAUGAAAGGGAAAAGAACGAUUCCUUAAAGUCAUCUAUGUCCUUCAUUAACAACUUUUCCCCAGAAAAAGUGCUAAAUAAUCCUUCCACUGAUGAGGACUCAGGCUCUGAACACCUAUCUGUCAAAAAACAAGUGACUACAUGUUGUUGUUCUUCCUCUGAUGGUGAAUUUGAACACAAGCCUUCAAUAGCACUCAAGGCAAAAAGGACCCUUAGAAGAAGGAGAAAACUAGAAAAGGAAACAAAGCAACUGGUUAAACAAGAGGAGCUGAAAAGACUCCAUAAAGCCCAGGCUAUCCAGCGCCAACUGGAAGAAGUGGAGGAAAGACAGAGGGCCCUAGAGAUAAAUGGUGUUAAACUGGAGAGGGAACUGCGAGGAGAAUCAGAUUCAGGCACACAGGAUGAAACUCAGCUGUUACAUGAAUGGUUUGAGCUGGUCCUGGAGAAGAAUAAAUUAGUGCGUUAUGAGUCUGAGCUCUUGAUCAUAGCCCAAGAACUAGAACUGGAGGAUCACCAAAGAAGAUUGGAGCAGAAACUGAGAGAGAAAAUGGCCAUUGAUGAUAGCCUAAAAGAUGAACGAGAACUGAACGAGGAACAUGAAAUUUUUACUGAGAUGAUGAAAGUGAUUGAAGAAAGGGACAAACUUGUAUCUUCCUUAGAAGAGCAGAGACUGAAGGAAAAGGCAGAAGAUCAGCACUUUGAAAGCUUUAUAUUAUCUAAGGGUUAUCAACUCACCAGGACUUAGCCACAUGCAAAUGUAUGGAACUUCAGCUAUAUUAACCAACAUGGAGACAGUCUUUUGGCAAAGAUCUGGCUGAAAUUGAAGGAAUCAUAUCAUUUUAGUAUCAAACACUUUUAAACAGGCUCCUUGCUUGCACAACAGUGUCUCUAGUUCCACACAGAUAAUUACAGGAAGAAACAUCGCAAUCUCAUUGUCAGCAAAAAGGGCUAGUCAUCCUGUGAGAUGGAAAAGAACUGAAUUCACCUGUGUGAUGGACAGUGUGUGAAAAUUACACUGGAGCUGUCCAUUGUUUUCCUUUUCCCUGUAAUUCUAUUUUAAUUCUGAGAACAGAGUUCCUACAGACGUAACUACAUGAUCUGGUACUUUUGAAACAGCAACAUUUUCCAUUCAUUUGUCUGAAUCUGUGUGUAUUUUUUUCUAUUUUGGCAUGGUUGAGCCACAAUGAACUGUAUUCAAGUGUCAAAAAUAAGCAUCACCAAUGUAAAAAUCAGGUUAGUGUUUAAAAUGUAUUUCUAAAGGAGUAGGGGAAGAGUCUUUAGAAUACUGACUACACAUGUUGUAAAUAACAAGUGUAAAUGCAAGGUCAGGCAAAUUUAAUUAUCAGGUGUAUUUGCAAGCUUGAGUGCACUGUAUGUAUUGAAUGAGGACUUAAUACAAUAUUAAAACCUUACAUUAUGUAAAACUGUAACUUAAUACCAAAGGGAUUACUAUUCUUAACAAAAUGUUGUAGAGUCAGAAGACCUUUUGUCUGUAGCUGACCAAAGUAAUCAUUGAAAUAUGCUUGAAGAACAUUUAAAAAAAUUGAUUAACAUGUAUAUGGUAGAUUUUGCAAUAUGCAUUCUUCACAAAAGCAUGUACUGUAUCUCAAAGUUAUCACUAGUUAGAGACUUUGAACUGAAUAACAACAAAAACUGUGGCAAAAUUAUAUUCUGCAUUUUUAUGCUGAUAGUUGAUGGUUGCAUAUCAACCAUAUUUAAACUGCUGCUAAGAUGAAUGCAUAAAUAAGACUGUCAGAGCUAUAUCUGUUGAAUGCAUUUUUUACUUUAAAAAAAAACAUAGAAAAGUGCCUUCUAGCUUUUCUCGCACAUGCAUAGACAUAGCAGUUGUGCAAAAGAUUUCCUUAGGCUAUGUUUUCAAUUUACUGUGAGCAGUCUUCUAAAUCUGAUAUGAUUUUGUAAUUUACAUUUGAUUGUUUCUCCCAGUUGUAUGUAUGAUAGUCUGAAAAUUCAGUAUAAGAGACGUGGAGAAACUGGAGGACUGUUUUUGAAUAUUGUUUUACCUCAUGUUCUGACUGGAAGGGUUUACUGUUCUCAUUUCUAAAUGAAAGGUGCUUAAAUGCUGUUUCUACCUACAGUUCAGCAAAGGCAAAAGAAACUCUUCUAAAUGUAAUUGUAAAACCAUUUAUAAUCUACCUUAGUUUUUGUUACACUGAAAUUUCUUAUAAUACAUCUUUUUAAAGAUAAAAUCCAGAUUUUAUCAUCAUCAUCCAUGGAUUAUCAAUAUACCUCUGUAGAGGCUGAGAUAAGAAUACUAUUGUUCUACAGUAUUUAUCUAUUAUUUAUUUGUAUAUGUAUCUGUUUACAGGAAAUACCAAUGUCUAAUAAUAUUUUACAUAGUU